AUAAUUUUCUGAAAAAAUAGCAUAGACUCAAUUUGAGGAAAGAAAGAGAAGACCGAGCACGAAGACAAACUGUACAAUGGAAAGCGGCGAAGUGGUAGUGGAAGAAGCCAAGAGGAGAUGUAAAGCCCUCAAAAAUCGAAUUUCAACCUUGUCAACUACUACUCAAUCCUCAUGGAAAACUACCCUUUUGAGGCUAAUCAAUUCUGAGCUCUCUUUCCUUAACCGCGUUAACAACUCACCUCUUAAACUCAGCACCAACAUUGGAUAUCUCGAAUCCGUCGUUCACAUUCUCCAACACCCACUAAUAACAUCCGUUUCACGAGUCUGCAAACCCAUUUCGAUUUCAUCCAAAGUUCCACAACAAAGCAUUUACGUCGACAUAAUUUGCUCUUUUAAUGGAAACCCAGUUUGGUUCAUAGUAUCCGACAGAAAUCCCAGGUAUAUUUCUUGGCAAGAUUCGGAGAAAACGAAGAACAAUAAAGGGCUAAGAAACAGAAUUAGUCAGCUCCUGUUUGCUGCCUCAGAGUCGUGUGCUACUGUGAGGCCUUGUUCUAUUAUACUUUUCUUCUCAAAUGGGCUUCAAAAUUGCAUUAUUGAGAAGCUGAAAGAUGAAUUUGGAGCUACUACUGAUCUGGGGUUUGGGUUUUCUGAUUUUGAUUGUGAGUUUGUGGAUGAAUUAGAAGAGGAUGGUGAUUGGGUAAGUGUACUAGGAAGGUCUUUUGAAAAGGCUUGUGUUUUAGAAAUAAAGAUUGGUUCUUUUUCUUCUAGUAAUAAAGAUGGACAAACAUUAACAGACCAAUCUGGGAAUUCAGAGAAGGUGCAUAUUAAGGAUGUUAGCUAUGAUGUAAAUUUGGGUGGUUCUUUUAUUGCACUUGUGUCAGCAUUGAGGAGUUGGUCCCCUUCUGAUGUUGAAGACGCUGAAUUGGUUAAUUUUGAUACGACAGCACUAGUUGCUAUAGUGUCCGGGAUUAGUAAUGGAGGUAUUGAUCGGAUUCUUGCUACGCCAGAGAGCGAGUUGAGGAGUCGAUUCAAGGGCAAUUAUGAGUUCAUGAUUGGACAGGUGAAAUCUCUUUGUUAAAAGUUUUGAUACCCUU